AUGUCAAAUCCUGCGCUACAAGUUUACGGCGGUGAUGAAAUAUCUGCGGUAGUGAUCGAUCCGGGAUCUCAUAGCACAAACAUCGGGUAUUCUGGUACAGAUAACCCACAGCUAAACAUCCCAUCAUGUUAUGGGCAAUACACCGGGGCAACUAAAGAAGGACAAAAAUCGUUCAAUGACCAAUUCAUGGGCCUCCCACGGCCAGAUUUUGAGAUAAAGCCGAUUGUGGAGAACGGAUGCGUAAUAGACUGGGACGCAGCUCAGGAACAAUGGACAUGGGCAGUUCAAGAACAGCUGAAGUUCGACACCUUCAGAGGUACUCCAGCUUUUCUUACCGAGGCAAUUUGGAAUUCUGAGGACAACCGCAAAAGAUCGCUUGAAGUUUUGUUGGAGGGAAUGGAGUUUGAAGCGUGCUAUAUAGCACCUACUGCCACCUGCAUAUCAUUUUCUAUGGGCAGGCCAACUUGUCUUGUGGUAGAUAUUGGUCACGACGUAUCGAGCGUAUGUCCUGUAGUAGAUGGGAUGACUCUUUCAAAAAGCUCUACACGAAACUUUUUGGCCGGCAAAUUCUUGAAUAAGUUGAUCGAAAACCAAUUGAAACCUCGCGAAAUUAUACCUCUGUUUAGGGUUGCGCAAAGACGGCCAGAAUUCAAACCCAAGCAGUUUGAUUUUGAAGUCAGCAAGUCUGUCGACGAUUUUGCCAAUAGCAGGGGGUUCUUACAGGAGUGUAAAGAAACUUUGCUGCGAGUGGCACCUACGGAUUCAACGAAAUUCGUAAGUGAGGUUGAAAAUAUGUCUAAGAGAUCAAUAGAAGCUCCUUGGGGUGAGAAUAUUGUAUUUGACAGCAAGACUAGAUUUUCUUUUGCAGAGCAACUCUUCAAACCAUCUAAUGAUCAUAUACCCACAGGCUGGCCAACGUCAAAUGGUGUAGUGGAAACGUGGCACAAUGACUACGUACCAAUGAAGAGAGCCAAGCCGAAUGUUGGAAAUAAAGACAAAGAAGGAACAACAGAUUCCACGCCCGCUCCUGAGGAAAUUAAGCCCGAAAACACAGCAACAGAGGCAAACGAGAACGGUAAAAGACCUUUAGAGGAAUCAUCAGAAGUUCCCCAAGGUAUCGCAGGACUUGGUGACCUAGUGAAUGCAGCAGUUAUGGCCACAGAUGUUGAUCUGCGAGCCACCCUUGCACACAAUUUAGUAGUGACAGGAGGCUCAUCUUCUAUUCCUGGUUUAACCGAUAGAUUGAUGGCGGAACUCAAUAAAAAGCUGCCAGCGUUAAAAUGUCGCAUACUUACUUCUGGCCACUUAAGAGAAAGACAAUCAAGAGCGUGGCUAGGUGGAAGCAUUUUGUCAAGUUUAGGCACAUUCCACCAGCUCUGGGUCGGAAAGCAAGAAUACGAAGAAGUAGGUGCUGAAAGACUGUUAAAAGACAGAUUCAGAUAA